UUGAGGAAUGAAAUGUGAUGAAAAUCAGACAUUAAAGAUAUGUAUUUUGAAGCACAAUUACUUAGAAUAAUAACAAUGUGGUGGUGGAAGAUGUAUUGUCUUUUAAAACACGUGGACUUGUUGACUUCUCAACUAUCAUUAACUAUAAGUUUUAGGAAAUACUAACUUAACAGUAAUGACGGUAGAAUAAGGUCUAUGUUUUUGUCAUCUAAAGUUUUUUCAAUGAUGCAUCCAAUGUGACAAAGUGUAAAUAUUACCAGUAAGAGUUAUAUGUCUCUAACGAAACAUAUAACCUAAGUUCAUGAAGUGAUAGAAAAAGACGAUCUUGUAGAAAGAAGAUACACAAGCACGAAGAACUCUCAGUGACACCCCAAUUGCAUCUUCAGCUCUACAGUGUUCAGUUAGCAGCUACAUGGAAGGCACUGAAGAAUAGUACUCAAGAUAUUGAUUGGAAGAAAACACUUCUGUAUGGUGUUGAGGUGGGAGACGACUUUGUAGGAUUCAGGGCAAAAUAUUUUCGUUUUAUUCCUGAGAGAGCAAAUGGAACAGACGCCAUAGAAGACAAUAUUCACAUUCGGUUGAAAGACACAGAAACUGAGCAGCGACAGCAGGGAAGACAACGGACGAUUGGCUAAGAAACCCUAAGUGAUAUACGAAAAUCCCUUUAUAAUGUUAUUUUGUACAAUGACUAAUCAACAGAAGCAGAUAUUCCAGAAUAUUAUCAACAUUUUAGAGCAUUAAGAAAGAUCAGAGUCCGAAAGAAGCAACAGUAAGCCAUGUCGUCGUUUAAAAAUGCUCGGAAAAGUGGACAGAAAAUGCAUAAAGAACGUAGUCAGCCAAGUGCUCGAGAAAAACUUGGGUUUUUGGAAAAGAAGAAAGAUUACAAACGCCGAGCUACUGAGGAUCAGAGAAGGAAAGGAGUUAUAAAGUCACUGAAGGUGAAAGCGCUGAACCGCAAUCCUGAUGAGUUCUACUUCAAUAUGGUUCGCAAUAAAAAAGUGGAUGGUAUUCACCAGCCACGAGAGAGUGCUGAGAAAGUCCAUACAGAGGAUCAGGUGAAACUAAUGCUUUCGCGGGAUUUGAAGUACAUUCGCAUGAAACGAAUGACAGAAUCAAAUAAAAUCAAACGGUUGACUGCUGAGCUCCAUCUUUUAGACACAGCCGAUGAAAUUAAGAACAAUCACACAAUCUUCGUUGACACAGAAGCUGAUGUGAAAAAGUUUGAUGCUGCUGAACAUUUCCAUACGCACCCAUUACUUGUUAAUCGAAGACACAACAGAAUAAAGACUGACCAGUUGCAGCAGAUGGACAUUGGUGCUACUUUAGACGAGCAAACAGUUGAGUCAUUGGCUCUUGAACAGAAAAAGCAAUACAAUCUACUGAAAAAACGUCUUGAAAGAGAAAAGAACCUGAAAAUUAUUGAAGAAAAAAUGCAACAACAGAAGAAUCUUUUGAAUAAGAAGGAAAAACGGACCAAAGUUGCAAAAGAAACUCAAAAAAGAGCAGCACAGUACAGGUGGAAAUUCCAGCGGAAGAGAUAAUGGUACACCACAGCUAAUAGAAGACCAGAUGGAAAUUAUUUACUCUUUUUAGAACAUAAUAAAGCAUAUUUCCUAAA